AUGAAAGACUGUGUUUCACAAAGACAAAGUUUGCCGUAUCAUAACAAUUGCGAAGUAUCACACCAUGUCAAUUCCACUGGAGCAGUAAGUAGUAAGGACGGUGGGAAGCUUCGGAAAUUCCAGCUAUUGGUCACCGCAGACAGGGCAACUCCCCCACGAAAAUCGGUGAUUUCUAAUUUGUAUUGA